AAGUCCGAGAAUCAAAUAAUUUUACAGUGCGAAAUCGUGAAUCCCAGAACGAGAAACCGCGUCCUUCACAUUUCCUCCAUAAAUAAAGCCUUAGCGAGAUCUCAUUUCUUCAAUCUCUCUCACCAUUAUUCAAAAUCAUCUCUUUUCCCUAACAAUGGCCGAUUCAGGAUCCACAAUCCCAACGGCGUCAACUAACGGCGACGCAACUCCACCUCCCAAAGUAGCAUUAAUCACCGGAAUCACCGGCCAAGACGGAUCAUACCUAACGGAAUUUCUCCUCAACAAAGGCUACGAAGUUCACGGCUUAAUCCGUCGUUCUUCCAAUUUCAACACGCAACGAAUCGAUCACAUUUAUGUAGAUCCACACAACGCUCACAAAGCUCGUAUGAAGCUUCACUACGCCGAUCUCUCCGACGCUUCUUCUCUCCGUCGCUGGCUCGAUAUAAUCCUCCCCGACGAAGUCUACAACCUCGCCGCUCAAUCUCAUGUCGCUGUUUCCUUCGAGAUCCCUGAUUACACCGCGGAUGUUGUCGCCACCGGUGCUCUCCGUUUACUGGAAGCCGUCCGAUCUCACAUAGACGCGUCUGGUAGAUCUCACAUUCGAUACUAUCAAGCUGGAUCUUCUGAGAUGUUUGGAUCAACUCCACCGCCGCAAUCGGAGACAACUCCGUUUCAUCCUCGUUCGCCUUACGCCGCGUCCAAAGUCGCGGCGCAUUGGUACACUGUUAACUACCGUGAAGCGUAUGGAAUCUACGCUUGUAAUGGAAUUCUCUUCAAUCAUGAAUCUCCGCGGCGAGGAGAGAAUUUCGUGACGAGGAAGAUUACUCGUGCUGUUGGUAGGAUCAAGAUCGGGCUUCAAAGUAAGCUGUUUCUCGGAAACCUUCAGGCUUCGAGAGAUUGGGGAUUUGCUGGUGAUUACGUCGAAGCAAUGUGGUUGAUGCUGCAACAAGAGAAGCCUGAUGAUUAUGUUGUUGCGACGGAGGAUUCGCAUACGGUGGAAGAGUUUUUGCAAGUUGCUUUUGGUUAUGUGGGUUUGAAUUGGAAGGAUCAUGUUGUUAUUGAUAAGAGGUAUUUUCGUCCUACUGAAGUUGAUAAUCUGAAAGGGGAUGCAACUAAAGCUAAGAAAGUUCUUGGAUGGAAACCUAAGGUUAGUUUUGAAGAGCUUGUUAGAAUGAUGGUUGAUAAUGAUGUUGAAAUGGCUAAGAAGGAGAAAGUGCUUGUUGAUGCUGGUUACAUUGAUGCUCAGCAACAACCUUGAUGUGAUUUUCCCCUUUUUUAAUGACUUUUGCUUCUUUCUCAAGUUAUAUAAUUAUGUUGCUGUUAUUUUCAGAGAUUCGUUUUCAUAGUGAAGGAGUUUAAUUUCAUUUUAAUUAAAGCUAUGAGCUGUUUUACAUAAUACGGUUUUGGAGUUGUUAUUUA